UAUAUAAGAAAUUUGAAAAUUACACUAAGUAUUAUAGUAAUUUGAAUACUACUCAUUUUAUAUUGAAAUUAUACCCUUUUUAUUUAUUUAAUAUAUUAGCUAAGACUUCCCCAAAUUCUUAGAUUUCAUUUUCACCUAGGGUUUUGCUAAGCUUGGUGGCGAAGUAAUUAUGAGAAUUGAUCUGUCUGUUCCAAAGUUGAGGGCAGAGUUAGAACUCAACAAGGUUCUCGGAAAAGGUUCGUCCGGUUCGGUGAGUCUCAUCAAGUACAAUGGACGCCGCGACGGUGAAACGCUUUACGCCGCCGUGAAAACCUCCAACAUCAUUCACGCUGACACUCUCUACAAAGAGUUUCAGAUCUUGUCCGAAUUCAAAGGAUGUUCAAGAAUCGUCCAAUGCUAUGGGACCAAAGUAGAAGAGAGAAUCACCGACGACGGUGACGUAGAGUUCAAGAUUCACAUGGAGUACGCAUCUGGAGGAAGCUUGAGAAAUUUUAUGAGCAGAUUCAAGGAAAUGAAAUUGCCUGAUCCUUUGAUCAGAAGGUUUACGCGUAUGAUUCUUGAGGGUUUAGCAGUUAUUCAUGGACACGGCUAUGUUCACUGCGAUCUCAAACCCGAAAACAUCCUCGUUUUCCCGAGUUUCGAGUUAAAGAUUUCUGAUUUCGGGUUGUCCAAAAGAGAGGGAGAUAACAACUGGUGGCUUCCUAGUCAUCCUUUUGCGGGAACACCGAUAUAUAUGUCGCCGGAAUCCAUUUCUACGGGCGAGACAAGGAGAGGUUUGGAUUUAUGGUCGUUAGGAUGUGUGGUGUUGGAGAUGUACACUGGGAAUAGACCAUGGUGGGAUAAAAACUAUGACUUGGAAGAUCUCAAGAAAGGUUACAUGCCAUUGAUUCCGAAAGAUAUUCCUUGUGAUGCAAAACUCUUUGUGAUGAGUUGUUUUGCGGCGGAGACUGACAAGAGAAAAAACGCUUUCACAUUGUUGAGGCAUUGCUUCUUGCGUGGAGAUGUUAAUAAGAUCAUAGAGCCUCUCGUGAUGAAGAAUGAGAAUUCUAAUGAUAUAGCACUAGAGUUGGAGAAAAUUGAGCUCAGGUUUUCGCAACUUAGGUGUAUUAGUGGUGAAUAGACUCGUGGAAUAUAAUUGAAAAGUCGAUGAGUCUAGCUAGACCCUGCAGGAGACCUAAUUUUGCUCUUUAUUUUUCUUUGUACUGUUCUCUAAAGGAGGGCUAUUACCCCACUCUGGUCUUGGUUGCAAAUGUUGCGGUUCUUUGUACUGUUCUCUAAAGAAUUCAAGUUUCAACUAUACAAUAUCCAUAUAUAUCCGAAGAUCAAAAUGCUUUUUAGCUAACUUUAUAUAAAAGUACAAUUGUUCAUCACGGUUUGAAAUGUUGAACUUGCAAUUGUAUUUAAUCGAUUUUAGCUGUAUUUAUUUUACACAAAUUUUGUCAACCACUCAUUUGCACAUUUGUUUUGUAUGGUCCAGAUAAUUUUACUAAGAUAUUACAUGAACCUGUCAUGUGAUUUUGGCACUUUCCAAACCCAAAUGUGCAAUGAAUAAAAAAAACCAAACCAAAUUCACAUAAAACAUUAAUAUUACACAUUCACGAGUUUACAAAGCACAGAGAUUAUGAAGCAAAUACAUAAGAUAAUUACUUUCCGGGGACAAAGUUAGUAGCGUAAGACCAGGCGUUGUUAGCCACAGGAUCAGCCAAAUGAUCAAACAAGUUCUCAAUGGGACCUUUACCAG